AUGAUUGUUCCAUAUACAUUCUUGACGCUAGCCUUGACGGUAAGUGCUCAGGUGAACUUGUUUGCUCGAUCCAUUGAUGGACUGUCUGAAGUUGCACUUGGGAACUUUGACGUGGAAGGAUUCUCACAGGGGGAAUUUCUUGAACCAGGAAUUGAUUAUUGUAUAUCUACUAAUGAUGUUCCAAAUCAUGAUUGCUUUGCGUUAUAUAGAGCACAAGAAGAAUUUGAAAACCUUCAUUUUAUAGUGCAGAGUACAGAAGAUUACAGUAAAAUUGAAAGAAUUCUGACUAAUCCAAAUUCAAAUUCUCCCAUUGUGGAGAUAAUUAAAGUUGAAAAUGGUCCAAAACCUGUAAUGAAUCCAUUUAAUGAUAAGAAUAAAAAGAAGAAGGCUGCUGGUACUGGGAAAGGUGCGACAGAGGGUCAAAAAAUAGAAGAGGAAGAGCAAGAAGAAGAAGAAGAAGACAAUAGGUCAUUUAUACAAAAGAAUUGGAUGUACAUAGUUCCUGGACUUCUCAUAUUAUUUUUCGCAUUAGGAGAACAAGAGGAAGGUAAAUAA